AUGGUAGAACAAUUUUUUAUUUCUAAUAUUGACCAUGUGUCAGCAGAGGUCAAAAAUGUUAAAACUAAAAGACUACCACAAGAAACCUUACAAAGACUAAAGGAAGAAACGGCAACACAAAUUAAAUCAGACAGAGACAGCGAUGAUACACCUCCUGUGCCAGAGACUCAACCUACACAAACCAAUCAACAAGACCAAAUAGAUAUAGAUAUACAAAUACUGCCGGAAAACGCUCCAAUCCCUAAUACCCAACCGCAAACAGACAUAAAUGACGAAGACAUAUACAUCAGAAAUGAACUAAAUAAACAAUACAGUUACUGGACACAAAUAGAAGCUACAGAACGACCAAGAAUACCUAAACCACGCUUCAAUAACCAAUUUCUAAAACCACUUAAGACAAUUAACAACAUUUUACCAACAUUGAUACAGGAAUCGCACACACUGGAGCAAAUACACACAAUAAUAUAUAGUGCAGCAUACACCUCGAUCACACUAAACAGACAAAACGCAAGAACGCAAAACACCAAAGUGGGAAACUAG